GCGGAAGUGAGCGAGCGAGCGAGCGAGUGAGUGGUGGAGAUUAAAGCGAAAAGGAUGGAUACAGAGCCGUUUAACUCAAUUUAACGCGUCUUUAUUUCAGUGAAAUAGAGCUAAAGGCGAUGGACGAGUUUCCCCAGCUAAUGUGAUCAGGAUCUGGAAAACAGAGACUCGUUAUUACCACGGGUUGGAGGCGUAGCUUGGACGUGAUGCUGGACCACGCCGAUGUGAGUUUGACCCCAGAUGAACGGGUGCGAGCCCUGACCAAGAAGGGCAGUGCGGUGGACAUGAACGAGGCAGUGCCGCUCCGCCGCUACUUCCGCUCGGGCAUGGAGAUGAUCCGCAUGGCCCACGUGUACGCCGAGGAGGGCAACACAGAGCACGCCUUUGUCCUCUACAACAAAUACAUCACGCUUUUUAUUGAAAAGCUCCCCAAGCAUCCAGAAUAUAAGCUGUCUAAUAUUCCUGAGAAGAAGGAGACUUUAAGGAAGCUAAAGGAGACCGCUUUCCCUCAAGCAGAGCAGCUAAAGAAAUAUUUACUGAGGAGAUAUGAGAAAGAAUAUGCUGAGUUCAUCACCAAAAAGCGCGCGGAAGAUCAGGCUCUGCAGCGGCAGAUGUCUCGGCAGCGUGAGCUGGAGGCGGAGAGGCGGCGUGUGGCAGACAUGCAGAGGAGGCAGCUGGAGCAGGAGCAGUUCAGCAUGUUUGAGGAGAUGAUCCGGCAGCAGGACCGGCAGCGCGAGCGGCAGCGGGUCCACGACUUCAACACACCAGCGUCCCACCAAGACGAGACGCCGCUCAUCCCUGGGAUCCAGGGUCCCCCUCUGCCCUACCUGGAGUCCCCCACUCCCCCUCAGAGUCCGCAGUACCCCUCGGCCAAUCACAGCGCUCCGUCAGCUCCCAGCCCGGCUGCGCCCCCGACCUUUGACCGCUCACUUAAACCGGGUCACCUCGGUAACAACACUACGUUGGUCGACGGUUUACGGCAGAUCGCGGUUCCUUCUGAGCUGUGCAGCAAAUUUCUGCGAUUGGCCAAUAACAACACCAUCAGAGCAGUGGAAACCUGUGGGAUACUCUGUGGGAGACUGAACAGGAACGCAUUCACGGUGACGCACGUGAUUGUGCCGAAGCAGUGUGGAGGUCCCGAUUACUGUGACACGGAGAACGAAGAGGAGCUGUUUCUGGUGCAGGACCAGUACAACCUCAUCACGCUGGGCUGGAUACACACCCACCCCACGCAAACAGCCUUCCUGUCCAGCGUUGACCUGCAUACUCACUGCUCAUACCAGAUGAUGCUGCCCGAGUCCAUCGCCAUCGUCUGCUCUCCCAAGUUCAACGAGACGGGAUACUUCAGGCUGACAGAUUACGGCAUGGAGGAGAUCUCCAUCUGCACUCAGAAAGGCUUUCAUCCGCACCCCAAAGAACCUCCUCUUUUUACUGGUGGCAGCCACAUUAGAAUCACAGAAGGCACUGUAUCAAUGCUAGACCUGCGAUGAUCCAUCUCCGGCGUUCGGACAGCGGUACCAUGAAGCUUAUUUUUUUAACCCGUCCUCGCUAACUGCUCUGAUGGGACUCGUUCUCGUAUGGCACCAGCUUUCAGCGGUGGUGGGUUUCUUACAGACAGACACUAAAACAAGCACUUUUCGGGGGAAUACGAAGACACUAACCGCAGCAGCGUUGGGAGCUCAGGAACGCAAACACCUCCAUAGGACUGCAGCCCGUCCCCGUUAGCUUAGUCCUAAUGAUCCAGUGAGCCGUACACAAACGUUUGUAGUUUUAUUUAUGCUCUUAGCGACAUCCGACGCUAACAUAUCGCAUCUGCAGAAACGACAUUUAAAGCAAAGGGUUUUAUAAACUACUGGGUAUGUUCGGUAAAAGCUGAGCGGGUCGCCAAUGCCAGCGAUUAUCAGCUUAAUUCGUUUCUUAUAUAUUUUCUAAAUGUGACUUCAGUUUUGGUAACAAUAAUCAGCGAUGUUGACGGUUAUGAUUAGCCGGGCACACAGAACACGCUUUUGCAUUUAAAAAUGCUAGGCGCAGGACUUUGGAGAAAAAGAAUGCAAGGUUUUUUUUGAAAGCCAGACUUAUUUAAACCUGAGCAUUGUGUGUAUAAAACUGUGCCGUGUGUGACCGUUGCGUUCGUGUGUUUUUUAGCAUCUCAGAAAGGCAAUACAUUCACUUAAAAACACGAAAAAAGUAAAAAUUGUUUACAUUUAACUUGAGCCAUGCUUUUAGAAUGAAGUUUAUUUUUCCUCAUAAUUCACGUCGCAUCAGUUUUUUUUGUGAUUUCAUAAGUUUGUAACUCGCUGUUCUGUUUAUCUCAUAACUCAGGUUUUCUUUCAGAAUAGAGUUUACACCUUGCGAGUUUGUAUCUCUCUGUUCUGAGGUUGUAUCUCGUUCAGAAUUGUAAGAAAAUGAUUAUAAAAGCAGCAAUUAGGGUUUUUCUAACUCGCCGGUGGAAACAAGCUUCUGCAUAAAUCAAACAUGUCCAUCUAGCACAUACUUGCGUAAAAUAAAUAUGAGAAUGCAAGAACGUA